AUGGUCGGUGAACCGCCAAAGUUGUGGCUGGCAUGGGUGUAUCGUAAGCCGUCCGGUGAGCCACAUUGGACGAAAACGCGACUGAAGAAACUUUUCGGUGAAGAUGUUAAGCCAGGCAAAAUGGAAAUAUUCAAGAAUACAGCAACGCAAAACGCUGAGCUAUGGCAUGUGAAACAUUUGAUUGAACUUCGGCCAUUGACCUUUCCAAACGGUGAACCAACCAUCGACGAUGUAAACGCAAUUGAGAUAUUUGCCGAUGGACGUUGUGUAAUCGACAGGCGUUUAGUGUGCGAUGAGGAACAGUUACGAUUGGCCGAUCCAGAAAAACAGAUGACAGGCUCGUAUUUGAGCUCAAUGUUGGGAAAGCGAUAUCAUGGAUACAAGGAUAUUUAUGAAGAUAACGUUUAUACACCGUCGAAUAUUAGUGUUAUCGAUUGA